AUGGAUCCGUCAAAGAAGAAGCAGUACCUUGCGGACAGCCCGCCGUCCGUCGUGCCUUUGGUCAUCAAGCCUCAUUUCGAAGCACUUGGCAAGACUGAGCAGCUUUAUUCGCAUUACAUCAGUCAGGCCUGCUUCGCUGGCACCAGAGUGGUCCUCAGACAGGUUUCCCCGGAAUCAGAGCCCAUCUACGACUUCAUCCUGAGUCUACACAAGCACUGCGAUGGUGACUACUCAAAGCUGAAGUCCGAGACUGGCCUUGACGAUGAGGACAUGAACCACUGGUUGCAUUACGCCGCCCAAUUCCUUGGCAAUGCCGGUAACUACAAAUCAUUUGGUGACUCCAAGUUCAUUCCUCGUUUGGCACCAGAGACGCUUGCGGCUCUCGGAAAGGUCUCAGGCGCAUCCAAGCACUAUGAGCUCUGCAAGAGUGCCUUCUACGAGACCAAGGUUGAAGAUCUCAUGCACCUCGGCUACCCACCCCAGCAUCUUACCACCUACUACCCAGACUCUCCUGAAAUCACCAAGGAUGAGAUUGCCGCUGUGUCGGACUUUGUCAAGGAGAAUGGAAACCUGCUUCCCGAAAACACGCGUCUCAAAAAGCUUUCAUCUGGAGACUUUGAGCUUCUCAUCGCUUCUGCCGAAACCGACCCUGCAAAGUCAGAGAGAGAUGUCCCCGAGACCUCGUUCACACUGGACGCUGAGCCUGUCAAGGGUAAGAAGAUCACUCUCAGAUUCGGAGACCACGCAAAGGAAAUGGAGAAGAUCGCAUCUUUCCUCGCCGAAGCCAAGAAGCACUCAGCCAACCAGUAUCAGAGCGACAUGCACAGCGAGUAUGUCAAAUCGUUCAAGACAGGCUCCAUGACCGCCCAUGUUCAAUCGCAGCGCCACUGGAUCAAGGACAAGGGACCUGACGUCGAGUCUAACAUCGGCUUCAUCGAGACCUACCGCGAUCCUCACGGUAUCCGCGGAGAAUGGGAAGGUUUCGUCGCUAUGGUCAACAAGGAGCGUACCAAGGCAUUUGCUCACCUCGUGGCCGAAGCUCCCAAGAAUAUCAAGAAGCUUCCCUGGCCCGCCGACUUUGAGAAGACUUUUGUUGCCCCCGAUUUUACGGCCUUGGAGAUUUUGACGUUCGCUGGCUCAGGUAUCCCUGCUGGUAUCAACAUUCCCAAUUACGACAGUGUCCGCCAGGAUCCCGAAGGUGGAUUCAAGAACGUCAGUCUGUCAAACGUCCUUUCAGCCAAACCUCCGAACGAAAAGAUCCCUUUUAUCAAGGACGAGGACAUGGAAGUUUACAAAAAGUACGCCGAUGCCGCCUUUGAGGUUCAAGUUGGUCUCCAUGAGCUUCUUGGUCACGGUUGUGGCAAGAUACUGCAAGAGACCGAGCCUGGAAAGUUCAACUUCGACCACAAGAACCCUCCCGUCUCUCCAAUCACGCAGAAACCGAUCACUUCCUACUACAAGCCUGGAGAGACAUGGGGUUCAGUCUUCGGCGGUAUGGGUCCUAGCUACGAGGAAUGCAGAGCAGAAUGUGUCGCCAUGGUACAGNCAUUGUGUCCCGAUUACGGCAUCCUCCAAAUUUUCGGCUUCGGAAAUGGAGAAGAGGAUCUUCACGGAGAAGCUGGUAACGUCCUCUACGCCGCAUAUCUGUCCAUGGCUCGUGCCGGUGUAGCUGCUCUGCAGUUUUACAAUGUCGACGCCAAGAAAUGGGGACAAGCACACAUGCAAGCCCGUCACGCCAUUCUUAAAGUCUUCUUGUCCGAGCCGGAGUUCUGCAAACUGGAGUACACCAAGGAUGAUCUCAGCGAUCUAACCAUCAAGCUCGACAGAACCAAGAUCGCCACUCACGGUCGUCCUGCCGUCGAAAAGUUCUUGCAGAAGCUGCAGGUCUACAAGGCUACGGCAGACCUCAAGGCUGGCAAGGAGCUGUAUGAGGGCAUUACCAGCGUGGACGAGUGGUUCGCUACCAAGGUCAGACCUGCUGUUCUGGCAGCAGCUCCUCCUCGCAAGGUCUUUGUGCAGGCAAACACUUUCAUCGAGGGUGACAAGGUUGUCCUCAAGGAGUAUCCUGCCACUCCUGAGGGCCUCAUCCAGAGUUAUGCUGACCGUGACUACAUCUAA